AUGAUCAACCCUCCAGGAGGUCACCAAACGGUGACCACUGAUGACCUGAGAAAUAGCCGUAUCAACCAGGAAGUGAGUAAUCCUGAUGAAGAUGAGGUGGAGGAAGAGACAGCCCUGUGUCUGGAUGCCACUCCCGCAAUGCAGUUCCAAUACUCGUGUGCACAGAACUACUUACAGUGCCUCACCACCAACUCAAGCCUCAGUGGCACUGUGGUGGUGGGCUUCCAAUGGGGACACACCAUGACCUCACAUCGGAUGGAGGUGUGGACAGAGAACCUGCGAGGGGAUCUAAAGCACAACCUGAGCCUGCCCCUGGACAGGGGCUACCGGGUGGAGCACCUGGUCUCUGUGCCCAGCCAGCGGGUCUUCGUUGGGGCCUGCGAUGACCUCUCUCUGCGCGUGUUCUCUGACCCAACGCAGGGCAUGGCGGUGCUGUACCAGGCCAAUUGCCUGGGCUCUGUGCUCUGUAUGCACUACUGCAAGGAGACCGAGGAGCUGCUGACUGGCAGCAUGGGCAUCAUCACCUUCUGGGGCUUCUGGACUAAUCUGCAGACCCACCUGGGGAUAAUCAAGGUGCUGGACUGGCACUGCACUUCCUUGAGGAGGGACACUACCAUUAGUGGCCUGGUGACGGAGAGACAAGCGUCCAUGCUUUACGCGCUCUGCAACCGCGGCAUCAAGUGCUUUGACUUUGUGGAGAAGAAAGAGUACAGGGCUCUCAGGGGACACGGUCAGGGUACUCUGCGCUGUGUGUCGCCUGACUGGGUGCAGAGGUACCUCUGUACGGGCGACAUGAUUGGAUUUGUACAGGUGUGGAGCUGGGAUACUAGGAGCCUGCUGCAGGAGUUCAGGGCCCACGCCCGCUCCGUGUCCACGGUUCUCAUGAGGCCCAGCACCCACACGCUGCUCACCUCCUCCACGGAUGGCUGGGUGAAGGAGUGGAGCUGUAGUGGGGACCUCCUCCUCAAGCUCUUCCUGGAUGACCCUGGGGGGGUACGCAACCUGUGGCCGCUGGGCGAGCACCGUAUCCUCUGCCACUCCCCUUCGUCAUUCUCCAUCUGGAGGCUCCAGAACCUGUACAGGCUGUUUAAUGACCCAGGCUGUGGGAUGCAGCUCCUGAGGCGGGUCGAGAGCAGUCGGGGACAGGCACAGCUCCUGGCUGUGUCGCAGGAUAGUAUCGCCAGACUGAUCUCUCCCGUCAGCGGGGAGUUGCUACUUCUCUCCUGGCCCUUCCUCCUCCUGGACCAGGCCCUGGGAUUUGCCUACAACCCUAGUCGGAAGGAGUUGUUUGUGGCCAGUGGUAGUCCAGAGGUCCUGGUGCUAGACAUGGCUUUGUGCCCUUGCACAGCUAAGCGGAUCAUCCGGACCUCCAGGGACCAGGACCUGGAUGACAGCGUGAUGUGCCUGGAGGCGGUGAUGGUGGGUGGGGCGGAGUGGGCCGUGGUCAGCCCCCUACCCUGCCUGGUGUUCAGUGGCCACCGCAACGGGAAGCUCCAGCUGCUCUCCCCCCACCGACUGGGAUGCCCCGCCAGGAAGGCCCAUGAUGGUGCUAUCUUACAGAUGAGCAGCCUGGCCGGGCCCAGGCCCCAGCUCUGCUGCUAUGGCUCAGACAAGCAGUUCAGCAUAUGGGAGGUAGAGAUGGGGGAAGUCCAUGUGGAGGUCGCACCUCUGGCCAGGGUGAGUUGCUCCUCUGACCUGGUUCUCUCCCGACUCCUCUCUGGUCAGGUAUUUGCUGUUUCCCCCAACUAUAGUCUUCUCUUCUUCUCCUUGCCUAGUGGAGGGUGUUUGUGGAUGGAGAGGAACCCCCCGACCUCCAUCUCUUGCCUGGAUUACUGCGCUGCUCUGGGGUUGGUGGUGGUGUCGGGACCUGAGGGCACUUUGGAAGUGUGGGAGACUCGGGGUGUGCAGUUAGCCGAGAUACACCUAGGUAUGCCGGUUAGUCAGUUGUGCUUUGCUAACACCCGUGGGGACCUUCUGGCCUGCUUUGGAGGCACCAUCUGCAUCAUCUCCGGCCUACGCUACCUGCCUGCCAGGCUGCUGCAGCAGGUACUGGACCUGGCCCCUGUGGAUGACAUCCUAGAGGAUCCCAUCCCAUUUCUACCUCGCUCCCAGAGCUGCUAUGAUAUUUAUUUGGUGCCACGGAUGUUCCUGAAGCCUGGGCAGGCCACGCCAGAGUUGAAUGAGACCCCAGCGGUACUUGAUGUUGUGAGGCCAGAAAGCACAGGAUGUAAGAAUGUACUGGACGUGCUGAACAGGGACAGGAAGAAGAACCCUCUUAUGAUUCGGACACCAACUCCACCAAUUGUAAAAGGGGAUCAGCCAGGUUCCUGGUGCUGUGCUCUCCGAUUGGUUAAAACGUUGGAGGAAGAAUUGAAUCUGGAGGACGAGCCAAUGGAAGGGUCAGAAGACCGGGACAAGUCUCAAACACCAUUCGAGCCUCUCCCCCCAGACACACUUCUUCUGGACUGGCCCGUGGCUCCAGACGGCUUCCUCCCCAACUCAGUGCUGCGUAACUGGAAUCUGAAGCAGGAGCCACCCAAGGCAAUUUUGCCAAAGGAGGCCAAAGCCCUUUGCAGAACAUUGUCACAGUCAGAGGAUGAACCAGAGCACUCACCAGUAGUCACCGCCAUCCGUGCUAAGGCCAAAGAAGCAAGACUCAACAAACCAAUCCCCAUGCCUAAGCUGUUUGACACCCCAACCGAGUAUGAAUCCCCACCCGAAGAUGAUACUGGUGACGGAAAUGAGCUUCUGAAGCAUAUCUCCGAGAGCAUAUGGCUGGUCUCCAGACCUGAUGUGGAUUUGGUGGAGGUCAUGAAAUCCCUGAUGUUGACCAUGGAGGGUAUGGACAGUGAUGUCUAUGGAAACUGCACAGAGGCCCUGCUCAGCAUGUUCCAGACCUACGACAUCCCUGUGGAGAUCAUAAAUAACCUCACCUCCUGCCUCCUAAAACAUAUCCAGAAGGGGAACCCCCACUGGAAACGCUUGGAGGCCAUGAAGAACUUAGAUCAGAUAGAUCACUUCCAGGACAAACACCUGUACUUGCUGGCGGAGGUUCUCCUAGACCCAGCAAUGGAAUUGCGGGAGAUGGCCAAGAACAUCUUGAGCCGGGUCUACGGCAUUGACAACAAGACCAGCCUGCUGAAUAGAAUGCAGGCCAAUGAAGACGUACCCAAGAUGCUCUAUAAACAUCUAGAAAGAACACUUUCUGAUGAUCUGGAACACAAAAAAUCCACAGAUGCUCCCGCCAAACCCAUCGGCGGCGGAAGGCUGUCCAGGCCAUAUGUCCACAGGGACUCCAGUACGGUUUGCUUUGUUUCCCAGAGUAGUGUCAUUUUGAAACGAAACAUUUGGGUUAUACUCUCUUUCAAUUCAUUUCAAUACAGGACAUGGCCCUUCUUGGAGUGCACAGCAGAGGACAAUGGCACUCCAAGCUCAGAGCAAGAUCACAUGCGGACUCCUGACCUCCCUCUCAUUAGGUCCCUUGGGUGUAACCAUGAAUCUUCUACCCUGAAAGAGGAGCCGGGACUCAGCCCACCAGGGGACGACUUCAUGCGCCCCCACCGCUCACCAAAGAAAUUCCGCAAAUUCUCUCUGUCCACAGCCAAGUGGGACAGCAUUGUGGCGAUCCCGGAGGAAGGGCACGUACAGGUAUAUGACCCCACCAUCAUAGAACUCUACAAGAAAUCCAAGCCCCAUAAGCAGUUGUGCAGCCAGCUCCCCACCACCAAGGCCCCCAGUGACUCUGGGGUGAGCUCCAUGGGGUUGAGCAAGGAGGCUAGUCUGGUGCAACUUCCAGACAGCCCACAACACCUCAGGCUGAAGCCCAUCAAGGGUAAGGGAGACCCCAACUGGAGGGAAAGCCUGUACAAGCUUGUAUCCCAAUAUGGCUUCCGCUCCCCAAGGGCCAGACUGACCACUCUUGGCCCCCUGGAUGUCCCAGGGGCUGCACAGCGCAACUCCUGCACCCUGUCCCCUUUUCAGACCAGGAAGGCCAGCCAGGUGUCCCUGGGCCAGAGGGUGGUGCGGAAAAUCCAGUUAAGGGAGUCGUCGUUUGAGAGGCCCGCCUCCCAGUUCCACCAUGGGCUGCCCCUGCCCUGGCAGCUCAACAGCCACACCAUGGACCCCUCUGGAGAAAGUAUGUAUGGGAGGCUGGAGGUGGACUGGGUGAGGGAGCCAAUGGAGCCACAGAGAGGGAAGAUGCAGAAAGUGAAGCUGCCCCCGAUAAUGUCUAGGUGUCAUCCAUCCUAAUCACCAGGGGGCAGUGUGGGGCUACGGUUUCAUUUAGGCAGUGUUGUAUUGUCUCCAGAUAUCUGCUUGAUAAACAUCCCCCAAAUUGUGAUGGAAUUGUAAUGCAUUAAGCUUGUUGUUGUAAGUUGCAAUAAAAUAUAUCUGUAU